AUGUUCUUACCAAUUGAAAAACGGUAUUACUUUUACAGCAGGAAUCACAACACUAUUAACAGACGUUUAUGGCUUAUAUUUCUUAUAGUCAUUCCGCUCGUCUGCGUUUUGCUGUAUGUACUCUUGAAGAGAAGAAGAAAAAGACGCCAAUUUAUCAGUGACAACAACCAGUACUAUACUGGUGCUAAACCCAAUCAGGGAUGGAACUUCUUUGGAACAGGAAACAACACUCAGCAACCUCCAUACCCGCCACAGGCCCAAGGCCAAUAUGGUGCCCCGGGUCAGGGUCAGAACCCUACCUAUCCUCAACAGGCCUAUGCUGGUGGAACCUCCCAGAACUACGGUAACCAGCAGCAAAGUUAUCAGCAACAGUACCAACCACAGACUGGAGACUCGGGAUAUGCUGAUCCUCCACCGGUGUACCCUGCGGGUGAGCUGGGCACUAACUACAGCCGGCCCGAACAGCCUCCUCCUACUGCCCAAGUCAAGUGA